GGGAGAUAUUAUGAGGCUGUUGUCAUUAGGGCGAUCGCUGUUGAAUCACUGAAUCCUGACUCGGCGGCGGCGCGGGGCCGGGUGUGUGUGAGUGCGUGUGCGUGUGGAGUGCGUGUGAGCGCGCGUGUGCGUGUGCCCGCGUGUGCGUGUGAGUGUGUGUGCCCCCGUGCCUCUAUGUGGCUGUGUGUGCGUGUGCGGGUGUGGAUGCGUGCGCGGUGCGUGUGCCCUUUCCUCCCUUCUUCCUCCCUUUCUUUCUUUUCUCCUUGAUUUAUCUCCCCCUCUCCCCGGUCAUCCCAUGGUGUUCAGGUCCCCGCUAGAGCUUUAUCCCACCCAUUUCUUCUUGCCAAACUUCGCCGCCGAUCCGCACCACCGCUCCCUCCUUCUCGCCAGCGGCGGCGGCGGCGGCGGCAGCGGCAGCGGCUCGGGCUGCAGCCCCGGUGCCGGCGGCGGUGGAGGCGGCAGCUCCCGGGCACCCCACGAAGAGUUGUCAAUGUUUCAGCUGCCCACACUCAACUUCUCCCCGGAGCAAGUGGCCAGCGUCUGCGAGACGCUGGAGGAGACUGGAGACAUAGAAAGGCUGGGGAGGUUCCUCUGGUCGCUGCCGGUGGCGCCGGGGGCAUGCGAGGCCAUCAACAAGCACGAGUCCAUCCUCCGCGCCCGGGCGGUGGUGGCCUUCCACACGGGCAACUUCCGAGACCUCUACCACAUCCUGGAGAACCACAAAUUCACCAAGGAGUCCCACGGCAAGUUGCAGGCCAUGUGGCUCGAAGCGCACUACCAGGAGGCCGAGAAGCUAAGGGGUCGCCCGCUGGGGCCGGUUGAUAAAUACAGGGUGAGGAAGAAGUUUCCGCUGCCCAGGACCAUUUGGGAUGGCGAGCAGAAGACGCACUGCUUCAAGGAGAGGACUCGCAGCCUCCUGAGGGAGUGGUACCUGCAGGACCCUUACCCCAACCCCAGCAAGAAAAGGGAACUGGCUCAGGCCACGGGGCUCACCCCCACGCAAGUAGGCAACUGGUUCAAAAACCGAAGGCAAAGAGACAGAGCGGCGGCGGCUAAAAACAGGCUCCAGCACCAGGCGAUAGGACAGAGCGGCAUGCGGUCGCUGGCAGAGCCCGGCUGCCCGACACACAGCUCGGCCGAGUCUCCGUCCACGGCGGCCAGCCCGACCACCAGCGUCUCCAGUUUGACAGAAAGAGCCGAGACGGGCACCUCCAUCCUCUCGGACAAGCACGAUUUCUCCUUUGCGCUUUUCCAUGGACGCAUUUCACCCACUUGCAUGAUGAUGAUGAUUAAAUUUGUAUCUGGGAAAAAAUAUUCUCUAUAGUAAAGGAAAACAAACAGAAACCAGACAAACAAAUGCAAACUCCGAUCGAAUUUGUACAAAAAUCAAAAAUAAAAAAAAAAAUUAAAAGGAACUCCUUGAAGAGGGAAAUAACAAAUGUUUAUCGCCUUUUUGUUGGUCCUAUUUCUCUUUCUCUCUUCCUCUCUCUUUCUCUGUUUGUUUUUUUUUUUUAGUCCGAGUGAUGGUCCAGCCAAGAUGCAAUUUUCUGUUUUUUUGUUCCGCAGACAAUCAUUUUAUUCGUAAGCACCUUUUUUUCUACACUUCUGUCACUGCCUGUGUGGGUACUGGUUAUAAAUGUGGAAAAAGAAUAGUUAUGACUGUAACAGAUUUUUAUUUUUAUUUCAAAAUUUUAUAUGAAUUAUGUAUAUCUUAAUGAUGCGGUCAUUUUCCCAGUUUGUAAUAUAUGUGUAGAAAUGCUUGUAUAUGAUAUUUGCUCUCCUCUUUCUUCCUCCCCUCUCUCUAUCUCCCUCCAACCCUUUCUCUCUCUCUCCUUUUUAUUUUCCUUGACUCGGUGUUCCUUGCACAAACUUAGCCGUCGAAAUCUGACGUGCUUGGUUUCCAAAAGGGACCUCAGCGAUAGAAAAAAAAAAGAAAAAAAAAAAAAGCUUAGGGUGCAACUGUAGUUAUCUUAUGCAAAAGCUAUUUUGAGUAUUUCAUAGCAGCUUUGGGGGGUCUCUUCUUAAAUUCCACGUAGGACGCUUAAACUAUUGUUUCCUUAACUGCGUGUUUAUCUAUAUGUACAAACUUUCUAAA